GUUGAGAAUCCCUGGUGUAGUGUACUGUAUGAUGCUCUGCUCCAGCAGUCAGUGUAGUGUAGUAGUAUAGUGUAGUGUGUUAUAGUGUAGUGUCUAAUAGUGUUGUGUAGUAUAGUUUUAUAGGGUUAUAGUAUAUUGUAGUGUGUGAAGUUCCAGCAUUCAGUGUACUGUAGUGUUGUAGUGUAGUGUAGUAGUGUGUAGUGUAGUGCUCCAGCAGUCAGCAGACAGUCAGCUGCAGGUUUGAUGCUGGAGAAACAGCAGCUCUGAAUGGCUGCUGCUGAACCCGUGACGGUCAUGAGAACAACUCAAGGGCUUUCAGAGAGUCUCUCACACACACACAGAUCUUCAGAGCCCUUCAGACCAGCUCAAACACACUCCACUGCAGGUGUAUCUGCUGAUUCUGGGAUCAUGUCUUACGGAGGAUCAGGUUCAGUGUCUCGAGGAGAAUUCAGUGUUCAUUUCUCCAGCAGACGAGGAGCAGGACUCAUACGAGCAGAAGAAUCCCCAACGCUCCUCCAGCAUACGAGAAGAUCGCCUCUGGACCAUCACCUCCACCAUACACACCUUAAAACACACACACACACACACACACACUGAGGAAAACAUCUGUAAAUCUGCAGGAUAAAGAGCCCUGAGCAUCAUCUGCAUUCACCACCGCUGGACUAAACUCAACGACAACCAUCUGCUUUAUUAAUAUCAAUGUUUAUUCAAUAAAUGUUAGAUGUGGAGCUCAGAAAUGCAAUAACUAUUGAAAAGUUCUGGUUUAAAUUGGAUGUAUUUAAAAGGAAAACACUCUUGGGAUGCACCGAUGUCAUCUAUCAGAGUUUGAACAAUGAGUCACUAUUUACAUCACUGAAAUUGUAUUUAAAUGACAUGUCUAAUGUCUAAUAAUAAUAAUAACUCAACACUAUCCAAAAUCCCCAUAAACCUCAUCAUAGAGACAGCAGAAGUCACUCCUAAUAGUUUUAAUGUGUCAAAAAUGGCCCUUUUAGGUUUAUUAAAUAUUAACACUUAAGCAUUUUAAUAACACACUCAACAUUCUUUAGUGAACAGAAUUACUCUGCAACAAAACUGAAGGAGUAAACAUCUGUAUGCAGUAAAGUUACACAUUUAUAUGCAUCAAAGCAUGUUUUGGAAACAAUAAACAUAAUUUCACUGAAUUAUUUUA